CUAGUCUAAUCACAAUUCAGUGCCAUUAUGCAACGUCACCGCGCAUUGCAGGCCUCCAGCAUUUGACUCCAACAAUUGCAUUUAAAAUUUAACCAGUUAUAUAGUUUAUUAUUACAUUCGUGAUCAGACAUCAGACCCACAGAGACGACAGGCAAAAUGCUACGCAGCUGCCAGUUAGCCCUCUCCGCCGCCAAGAGAAGCCUUCGCGAGCAGUUCCAGUUGCAAGUCCUCCGUCACCAGCAAACUGCCAGUAAUAUGGAGAAAUUUGAUCUCCCCAAGCGAUUGCAGGGCAGCACGCCCAGCGUCUGGAACGAGUAUAUUGCCCUGGCCAUGCAGUAUAAGCCCUUGAACUUGGGACAGGGAUUUCCCGAUGAUGCCGCCCCCGAGUACGUUACCCACUCGCUGGCUGACAUUGCCAAGGACGAGAAUCCUCUACUGCAUCAGUACACUCGCGGUUACGGUCACGUGCGCCUGGUCAAUGCGCUGUCCAAGCUGUAUAGCGGUCUCGUUGGCAAGGAGCUUAAUCCCCUAAGCGACAUCCUGAUUACAGCAGGCGCCUACGAGGCUCUCUACUCCACCAUCAUGGGCCAUGUUGAUGUGGGCGACGAGGUGAUCAUUAUUGAACCGUUCUUUGAUUGCUAUGAGCCUAUGGUCAAGAUGGCCGGUGGAGUGCCCCGCUUUGUUCCCCUAAAAUUGCAAAAGACAAAGGGACCAAUCAGCUCGGCUGACUGGGUGCUGGACGAUGCCGAAUUCGAGAGUUUGUUCAACUCCAAAACAAAGAUGAUUAUCCUGAACACACCCCACAAUCCCAUUGGAAAGGUCUUCAACCGGAAGGAACUAGAGAGAAUUGCCGAGCUCUGCCGCAAGUGGAAUGUGCUGUGCGUUUCGGACGAGGUGUAUGAGUGGCUGGUGUUCGACGGAGCCGAGCACAUCCGUAUCUGCACGCUGCCUGGCAUGUGGGACCGCACCAUCACUCUGGGUUCAGCGGGCAAGACCUUCUCAGUGACCGGUUGGAAGAUAGGCUGGGCUUACGGACCCGCCCAGCUGAUUCGUAACCUGCAGAUGGUGCACCAGAACUCUGUGUACACUUGCCCGACGCCGCUUCAGGAGGGCGUGGCGCGCAGUUUUGAGGUGGAACUGGCUCGGCUGGGUCAGCCGGAGAGCUACUUCCUUAGCCUGCCGCGCGAGCUCAAGCAGAAGCGCGACUUCAUGGCCAAGUUCCUGUCCGAAGCCGGCAUGCGUCCCACCAUCCCGGAAGGUGGCUACUUUAUGCUAGCAGACUGGUCACCACUGGCGGACAAGAUCGAUCUGAGCUCUGAGCCGGACAAGCACCGGGAUUACAAGUUUACCAAGUGGAUGACCAAGAACAUGGGCUUGCAGGGCAUACCGCCAAGUGCCUUCUACAGCGAGCCCAACAAACCUCUGGGGGAGGACUUUGUGCGAUACUGCUUCAUCAAGAAGCAAGAGAACCUGGACAAGGCGGCCGAACUGCUGUCCAAAUGGAAAUAGUCGGCGGACAAUAAACGAAUUGCUAUCAA